UGUUAGUGGUGUUCUACUCAUAGUUGCAGUAGCAGUUGGGGUUUACUGUUGCCAAAAGAGAAGUACAAAAACAAAACAAAAAGACACCCCAGGACAGGACAAUCAUGAUGAGGAGAGUGGUGAAGCAGAACAUUUUCUACCUGAGCAAAAUGGCUUUCAAAUGAAUGAUGUUAAUGGGACAACUACUGAUCAGGCUGUGGCUAAUGGGACAACUACUGAUCAGGCUGUGGCUAAUGGGACAACUACUGACCAGGCUGUGGCUAAUGGGACAACUACUGACCAGGCUGUGGCUAAUGGGACAACUACUGACCAGGCUGUGGCUAAUGGGACAACUACUGAUCAGGCUGUGGCUAAUGGGACAACUACUGAUCAGGAUGUGGCUAAUGGGACAACUACUGACCAGGAUGUGGCUAAUGGGACAACUACUGAUCAGGAUGUGGCUAAUGGGACAACUAAUGACCAGGAUGUGGCUAAUGGGACAACUCCUGAUCAGGCUGUGGCUAAUGGGACAACUACUGAUCAGGCUGUGGCUAAUGGGACAACUACUGACCAGGCUGUGGCUAAUGGGACAUCAUAGAUAUCAGUAGUCCGCAUCAACACCAGCGACAUGAAGAUUCUAGUCCAAACCAUUUUUAAGCAAAAUGUCCUUUUCUUAUUUUGAAGUGAAGUCAUAGAAAUUACAUUGUGGAGCAAAUGGGAACAUUUUUUAAUUUUGUCCCAUUCACUACAGUAGAAGUUUAACAAACUGUGAUGACUUCUGAGAACACAGGAGA